UAUCUCUGCUCUAAUAAUCAACACUGGUGUGGGGCUGUUGUUGGGCUGUUGGUGUUGUUGUUCAAAAUGGGUUCCUUGAAGGUCUUUAUCAAGAAUGUCAGAUAUGCUAAGACAAUUGCUGACGAACGAGCUACAAUCAGAAAGGAGUCUGCUGCCAUCAGAACCUCUUUUAAGAAUGUCAAUCUAUCCAACAACAAAAGAAGAGAGAAUAUUGCAAAGCUAUUGUAUCUCUAUAUCCUUGGGGAAAAGACCCAUUUUGGUCAGAUAGAAUGUAUCAAAUUACUAGCUUCUCCUAAUUUUAUUGAUAAGAGAUUGGGUUACCUAGCUACAAUGUUAUUACUAGAUGAAAAUCAAGAAAUUUUAACUUUAUUGACAAACUCACUCAAUAUGGAUUUGCAUCAUCCAAACCAAUUCAUAGUAUCUUUAGCCUUAUCCACUGUUGGCAAUAUAGCCUCAUACGAUCUAUCCAACGAUAUCUAUCAAGACGUUUUAAAUAUCUUAAAUAUCAAUAACUACUAUUUGAAAAAAAAGGCCAUCUUAGUUACUUCAAAAUUAAUUGAAAAGAAUCCUGAUCUAAUUGAAAUUUUUUAUGAAAAAUUACCCACAAUAACUAACAUUAAUGAAAGAAACCAUUCUAUUUUAUUAACCUCUUGCCAGUUAAUUAAAACUUUUUACUUUUUCGGUGAUAAUGAUAUAAAACUAGAUUUAUAUCAAAACUAUUUACCAAAACUAAUCGUUAUUUUAAAAAACUUAUCUUCGUUCGGUUAUAACCCAGAAUAUGAUGUUCUUGGUAUAUCGGAUCCCUUUUUACAAGUGAGCUUAUUAAAGACUAUCACUCUAUUAAUCACAACUCCGACCUCCAUUAUAUCUUUAUUAAAGAUACCUAAUCCUGACGUUUUCACUACAAGAAAUAACGACUCCUUUAAUGACUUGUUAACUCAAAUCGGUUCCAAUAUAGAAUUUGGUAAAAAUUCUGCAAAUUUAAUUCUAUAUGAAGUUGUUAAAUGUAUAUUCAAAUUAAAUUCUUCCACCUCCACAAACUCAUCACUUUCUCUGGAAAGUAACAAUAACAAAAACAAAAACAAUAAAAACAAAAAUAAAAACACCAGAACAAGUAACUCUUUGAAAAUCUUGGGCAUUAAUUUAUUAGGUAAAUUCUUAACCUUAAAGGAUAACAACAUCAAAUAUAUCUCUUUAAAUACUCUAUUAACCGUUGUCAAAUUAGAACCAAAAACUGUCCAAAGACAUCAAGCCAUUAUCGUUAAUUGUCUUAUGGACAAUGAUAUCUCAAUCAAAAGAAGAGCCUUGGAAUUGAUCUUUGAAAUCUUAAAUGAAAAUAACAUUAGACUAUUAAUUAAAGAACUAAUCAAAUUUUUGGAAUCCUUAAUAAUUGAUGAAAACGGUAAUAAUACUUCCGUUUCUAAAAAUAUGAAUGAAUUUAAUAGUUUCACCUAUAAUUUAUCUUCAAAUAACAUAAACUCCUUUAAUAUAAAUAACAGCUCCUUUUUAAAUAGUUUGGAUAGCAAUAGCUCUAACGUUGCUUCUCCAUCAAACCAAACUUCUACUUCUUCUUCUUUAAAUAAUUUAGAUUUAAAAUUCUUCAUUACAAAUAAACUAAUGAUAAUUUUAAGAAAUUAUUCUCCAAAUUUGAAAUUCUUCUUUAAAUAUUUGAUUAUAAUUCUCAAUCUAAAUGGUAACUAUAUAACAAAUGACAUUCUAUCCUUUAUCUUGAGUGUUAUCUCAAAUAUUGCUAAUAAUAAAUCAGUUAAUAUUGGAACCAGCAACUCAAUCGAUUUUGACUCAAGCUCUGAAAACAAUCAAUUACUAAUUAAAGAUGCUCUCAACCAAAUUUUUAACUUGAGUUAUGAAAAUAUUUAUAAUAAUGGUUUAAACCUAAUCAAUAUUUGGUGUCUUGGUGAGUUUUCUGAACUAAUUCUCAACUCAAGUUUUACUGUGAAAAAUAAAUACUUGAGAAAUAAAAACAGUUCUACUAUAAUAGAUCAAUCCGUUAUUUUAGAUUAUCUUAAUCGAAUUAUUUCCGAUGUUGAUAAUUCUCUAAUAAAAUCUUACCUCCUUACAUGUUUAUUAAAAUUAUCUAAAACAAUUGAUGUCAGCUCAUUGAAUGAAUUAACAGACUUAUUUGAUCAUAACAUUAAUAUAAAUUUGCAAAUAAAAUCUAUCGAAUUUAAAGAACUUAUCAAUAUUCAAGAUUUGUCUAUUAAAGAUGGCAUACUAGAAAGAAUUCCUGCUCCCAAUAUAAAUGACAUUGGUCUGGUUUCAUUGUCUAAUACAAGCGAUAUUGAUUUUUCAAUUGGCAAAAAUGGUCAAGGUAAAAAUAAAAAAGACGCGUUAUCUGCUGGUUCGGCUACAACAACUGAUAAUUUAUUAUUAGAUUUGAUGGAUGAUGGUACUACCACUGAAACACAAACUCAACCCAUUGCUAGUAAUGUUGAUUUAUUAUCAGAUAUCUUCGGUUCUACUCCAGUUAGUGACACACAGGAAAAAGUUCCAUCAUCAAAUAACAACAUUUUAGAUUUAUUUGGAAAUUCAUCACCGAUAUCUAAACCGAAUAAUUUAAAUGCUUUUAAUCUAAACUCACUGGAUAUUAAAACUCAAUCGUUUGGUAUUGACCCACAAACGCCCGCCAACACAAAAACUGGCACUAAUUCAGCACUAGCAAUUUUGUCCAAUAAAUCAAUUAAGGAGAUUUACUCUAAUGAUGAUAUUAUAAUGAAAUUGCUUUCCAAAAAUAUUGGUGGUGGACAAGCGAAUUUAGAAGUCUACUUUAUUAAUAAACCGUCCAGUUCUAGUGAAAUAAGUAAUAUCAAUUUAUUGUUUGCAGUUGCAAAAUCUCAGAAAUUGGUAAUGGGCCAAAUCAACACGUUGACGAUUGAUGUUAAUGAAUUCUUAAAACAAGAUUUAAAAGUGAAUGGUAAAGUUGGAUCAAAAUUGAAGUUGAGAAUCAAGUUUUCGUAUCAAAUUGGUGGAAGAACUGUUAAUGGAAUGUUUGAUUACAAUAAAGGCGAAACUUUAUAAUCUGUUAGAUAUCUUAUUGUUAGUUAAUUAGUUUAUUUUCGUUUUUUUUUUAUUUUCCUCUGUUACACUGAAUUAUUUUAAUUAUUUUUAAUUAUCUUACUUUGGGUUCUUUAAUCUAAACUAAAGUUUUUCUUUUCUCAGGACAUCCCACCUGUAGAUGUUCAGAUAACAUAUUUAAAAGCAAAGUAAAAUUAAACUUUACUAGUGUGAACAAUUAAUGGCAAUCAUAAAAAAGAAGAAUUGUCAUAAUCUGUUUUCAAAUAGCAACUCACAUUUAUGCUGGCAAUGACUUUAUUA